AUGUCUAAUCGUAAACUUUCUUCGAAAAGUACUCGCCAUACGAAAGAAGUAGACGAAUGGAGCAUCCGAGAACUUUGUAAAUUUUUGGAAUCGAGGAACAUUAGAUAUGAAGAUCUUAAAAUCAUCAUCAACGAGGAAAUUCGAAGAGGCAAAAUACCAUUUACCGGGGAGAUAUCCCUUCUUGUCGAUCAUUCGAAUUUGCUCGAACAAGGUAAAGAAAUUGUGAAGCGUUAUGAGAACGUAGUUGAGAAACCAAAUCUAUACGUUGAUUACGAACAACUUCGAAAAACGAUAAUAAAAGGACGAAAGUCUGGUGGAUCUGCAGAAAUAUUUUGCUCUCAACAUUCCCAAAAACAGUAUGACAAAAGGCUCGAUAGGCUUUGGAAUAAACGUAGAGAUCAAGGUUUUGUUGUUAACCUCAUUAAACAAAAUCCGAAUUCGACAAGAGAAAAAAAAGUAGAUACAACAUUAGUUAUGCAUGGAAUGAAAAUCUUGAAAGAGAGGGAUCCCGGAAUAUUGGUUAUAGUGGCAGGCGAUAGUGAUUACGUACCAUUAGUUGAACAUGCCCUGGAGAAAGGAUGGAAAGUUGAAAUAUGGUUCUGGUCAUCAGGAUUAUCUAGAGAAUAUAAACCCGAAUUUUCUAAAUUUGGAAAAAAUUAUAGUCUCCACUUUCUGGAUGAGAAGUAUAAAAAAUUUACUUAUGCACGUGGACCAGAAUCUCCUCGUGAAUUUACUUUUAAAAUCAAACAUGAAUGUGUUGAAAUUUUAGAAGAAGAACCCCUGUUGCAAUUAUUCGUUAAAUGGGAUGUAUUUGGAUGGUGGCAUUGGAUCAAUAAUGAUCAUUUAUUGGUUUAUGUUAAUACAGAAAAGCAGAAAGAGGAAUUAGCAAGAUUGUUUAAACUAAUUGAAGAAUACAAGAAUUUAAAUUCUUAA